CGGGUCACUCAGCCACCCGCAGAAUAUCGACAUUUUAGAAAAUACAUGCAACACAGCCGCGACACCCCAUUAGCUUAUCCUUGGCGACUAAAAUGGCGCCUAUAUUUUUCGUCUUUUCAGUCUGCUGAACAACAAACUUUGUGUCCCAUACAAAACAUUUUAAAGGAACGAUUAUGAUGUUUCUGCAAAGGGAUGGGAAAGACACUUGGUAAUUUGUGAUGGAGGCGUGUGAUGAGCGCCGCCGCCGCCGAGAAGCAAGAUGGUGACAUGCUGGAACCAGCCAAGUCGGUCAUGCUGACGCAGGCUAGUGACAAUGAAGUAGUACUGCAUUGCCCCCCCGACGAUGACGACUGUGAGCCACUUGCCAAAAAAGUGUGUGUCGCCCUGGAGGACUCUGACUUGUCCUUUUCUGUCGUCACGCUACCUAUGGCGGAUGACAACAAGCGAUUGGAGGUCACCAUGACAACCACACCGGUGGACGACCUUUCUCAGGAAGGCGUGACUCACAUUCAGGGCCUGCGUGAGGAUGACAUCACUGUGUCGGCCAAUGAGAAGGCAGAGGUGUCAGCCGUCAGUCAGGCUUGGUUCACCACCAAAGAAGACAAAGACACACUGGCCAACAAAGGUCACAAGUGGAAACAAGGGAUGUGGUCCAAAGAGGAGAUCGAUGUGCUCAUGAGCAACAUUGAUCAGUACGUUAAGGCUCGAGGCAUCGAGGACCCGGCCGAGAUCAUCUUUGAGAUGUCCAAAGAAGAGCGGAAAGACUUCUAUCGCUCAGUGGCGCUUGGCCUCAACAGGCCGCUCUUCGCUGUCUACCGCAGAGUUCUGCGAAUGUACGACAACCGCAACCAUGUUGGCAAGUACACCCCAGGAGAGAUUGAGAAGUUAAAAGCGCUAAGGGAUUGCCAUGGCAAUGACUGGGCAGCCAUUGGCGCCGUGCUCGGUCGCAGCGCCUCCUCAGUCAAGGACCGAUGCCGCCUGAUGAAGGACACAUGCAACACAGGGAAGUGGAGCGAGGAGGAGGAACGCCGUCUGGCUGAGGUGGUGUACGACAUGGCGGGCGUGUCUCCGGGCUCUGCGGUCACGAGGGGCGUUUCUUGGGCGUCGGUGGCCAAUCAGGUGGGCACACGCUCUGAGAAACAGUGUCGCUCCAAAUGGCUUAACUACCUCAACUGGAAGCACAGUGGCGGCACUGAGUGGACCAAAGAUGACGACCUCAACCUCACACGAAGGAUUUUGGAGCUAGAAGUGGAAGAUGAGAAUGACAUCAAGUGGGAGGAGCUUGCCGGGGGGUGGAGCAGUGUCCGCUCACCUCAGUGGCUGCGAUCCAAAUGGUGGAGCAUCAAGAGACAAGUAGCCAAUCACAAGAAGAUCCCCUUCAGUGUCUUACUCAAGGCCCUCCACGAGGUCAUGGCGUCCUCGCAAGCGGGGAGCGGCUCGUGCAGCCCCUCCCUCCAGAUUCGCCUAAGCCGACUGGAGGAGAGUGGCGCUGGCCCCACCCCUGGUUCUGUGGCGGCCCUGCAGAUUCCCAUGCAGAUUCCACUCCAGAUCACACACCUGGACUCUACAACAGCCAGCAGCGAUGGCGACGCCAUCACACUGAGUGGUGGUGCUCUGCAGGCCUUUGAGAUCCUGCCGUCUUUCCAGCUGCAGCCCACCAGCACACCGGGUACGUACUUCCUGCAGACCACGUCCAAUCAAAGCCUGCCCCUCAGCUUAGCCAAUAGCGGCACCGUUACCUUGACGACCAGCUCCUCCUCAACAUCCCAUGAGCACAUCAUCCUCCACAGCCUGGCGACCGACGGCCUCUGCUCCGGCGACGGCGUCAUCAUCCAGACAGUUACCUCUGACUCAGCCCCCUCAGAUCCUCUCAGCCAAACAGAGCUGGUUGUGGAGACGGAGGAGCGGAUUCAGGAGGCUUCCUGUCUUCUGGAAGGGUCUGUAAAGGCGGUGAGGGGAAGUGAGGGGCCAACGACGGAGGACUUUACCGCCAAGGAGCUGGCCGCCUCCUCAGUGGUGCAUCCUGGGAUGCCAACUGGAGGCACCGUCCUGAUUGUGUCUCCUCCCAAGAUCAGCAGCACGCUGACAGAUCCCAUCUUGGAGAACCAGGAAAGUUCUGAUUAGGACGGGCACGAGGAGCAUCACAUCUGUCUUGGCGUGAAGGUGCUUUUUAAAAAUCUCCAACAUUGUGGAGACGCAUCCAUGUGUACCCUUGGACGUGUUUGGAAUUACGUCGACUGUGCCAAACAAACACAAGGAGCAAUGCUGACUCAGUUCCAUGUAUUUAUUCUGUAAAAUAUUAAAUAAAAAAGAAAAAAAUGGCU